AUGCCCUUUGUUAGCUUCAACAAAUCUGACCGCCUUGGAAUGAUUGCCGACUGGACCGGUGACACUUAUUCCGACAAGCGAAUGCUAAACAAGUACCAAGUUCAGUACGGAUCACACUCGCACUACAACCAGUAUGACGACGACGAGGCAUUUCAACUGGUUGAUCAAAACAGAAAUCAACGCACCGGCAACCAACGCGGUCGCAUCAGGGUGGGCCAGCGAAACAUGCGCAACCGUAACCAGAAAAACAACCCAAACAAUCUGCAAGUACUUCGUGCACGAAAUGCACGCAAUCCUCGUGGCAACAGCCGCUUUGGCCAUCGGGGUGGCGGUAACCGUCGAUACGACCCAAAGAAUCAAGCCAAGAAGCGCGAUGCUUCAGUCAACAUUCGGCCUGAAUGGAAGAUCCUCGAAGAGAUGGACUUUCCGCGCUUGGGCAAGCUUUCGCUGCCCGGCAUUGGCGACGCCAAGGACAUUUACACUUGCGGAUCUUUGGAGUACUACGACAAGAGCUAUGAUCGCGUAAACUGCAAGAAUGAGAAGCGUUUGCAGCGCAUCAAUCGCAUUCACCACAAGGUGACCACCACUGACGAUCCCAUCAUUCGAAAGCUCUCCAAGACUGACGGCACCGUUUACGCCACUGACGCCAUCAUUUCCACGCUAAUGUGCGCCACUCGUUCUGUCGCCUCUUGGGACAUCAUUGUCAACCGCGUCGGCAACAAGCUCUUCUUCGACAAGCGCGACGACUCUGAGUUUGACCUGCUAACCGUCAAUGAAACCGCCGCCGAUCCGCCCUUCAACGAGGAGAGCAACAGCAUCAACAACCCCCGCAGUCUCGCCCUAGAAGCCACCUACAUCAACCACAACUUUUCGCAGCAAGUUCUGAAGAACACCGACAAGAAGGAGGAAAAGUAUUGCUUUGAGAACAAGAACCCAUUUGUCUCUGAGGAGGAUGAGUCUGACGUUGCCUCGGUGGCCUACCGUUACCGCAAGUUUGACCUGGGCGAUGGCGUGGAGCUGGUGGUGCGUUGCGAACACGAUGCCGUUACCGUGGGCACCAACGGCAGUGAGCAGUUUAUGAACAUUAAGGCGCUGAACGAAUGGGACUCGCGGGUGCCCGGCGCCAUUGACUGGCGUCAAAAGUUGGACAUUCAGCGAGGUGCCGUGCUCGCCAACGAGCUGAAGAACAACUCGUGCAAACUGGCCAAAUGGACUGUUCAGGCAUUGCUCGCCGGCUCUGAUCACAUCAAGUUUGGAUACGUGUCUCGCGUUCACUUCCGCGACUCGGCCAAGCACGCCAUUCUGGGCACUCAGCAGUUCAAGCCUCGUGAGUUUGCCGACCAAACCAAUCUCAAUCUGGACAAUGCCUGGGGCGUACUGCGCUGCAUCAUUGACACCUGCAUGAAGCUGGACCAGGGCAAGUAUCUGAUUCUGAAGGACCCGAACAAGCAGACGCUGCUCAUCUACGAUAUUCCCGAUGACACCUUCGAAACUGACAACGAGGAUGACGAUGAUGAGGAGGACAUUGAGGAGGAGGAUGAGGACGAGAAGGAGGAGGAGGUCACUGGAAAAUGA